ACUCUCCUACAUUAUUCCCCCCUCCUUUCCCUCCUCUCCCAAUUCAAAUACAUUCCAACUAACCCCUGCUUUAAUUUUAACUAUCACUCAUAACAAAUUAUCAUUCCCCACACCAAUCUCCUCAUCUCCCCUUCUUUCUCUUCCUCCUCUCACAAUGAAAAACCUCUCUCCCUCCUCCCCCCCUCCCUUCAAGCUCAAACCCCCCGAAGCCGCGGCGGGGUGCCUAUCCAGCAUUCUCCGCCGCUUCCUAUGCGGAAACUCCGACGGUAGCGACGACGCCCAUCUUGUAAUAAGAAACCGAGAGAGAGUCGAGGAGAAGACCCCGCAGAGCCCGGGCAUCGUGGCCCGGCUCAUGGGGUUGGAAACAAUGCCGAAUUUCUCGUCCGCUGCUUCUACCGAUUCGAUCGGCAGGAGCCGAUCGACCAACUCCGUCGAGAGCUGGCCCGGCUUCUUGAACGAGAGAUACCGCCCGUCGCAGAUCAAAGCGUCUGCGUCGUUUCGCGAAGUACCGACUUACUUAACGAAAGAGAACGAAGAGUUUCUGCUUCUGAGCUUCGGUCCCGAAGAUAAAGGAGAGAAGAAGAAGAAGAAGAAGAAUAAGGGAAGUAGAGAACAAAAGAGUCGUCGUCGCGAAGAGAGCAAAGCUAGAAGGAAGUGGAGUGCAGAUAGUAAAACGGAUGAUUCGGCGCCACGUUCGGUUUGUAACCAGGAAGGGCUUGAAUCUUCUCAAAGAGACGUAGUAUUAGAAGCAGAGUGUGUGACUCAGAAUUCGAGUCCUGUUUCUGUGUUGGAUCAUGCGGAUGAUGGUGGCGACGACGACGAUGAUUGCGACGCGAUACCGAACUCAACCACUUUAGAGGAAAUGAAUCCACCAACAAAGCAGCAAAGCUCAAGAAGAAAAUUAACAUCAAAAAAUUUCGAGAGCUUCGAUUGCGCGUUCCCUCCAAUACAAAGAGAUGAGGGAUUGCACAAAGUUGACGAAAAAAGAGAAAGAUCAAGCAAGCAUGAAAGAGUUUUCCCAGAUGUAACAGAUAUUUGGGGACAUGUAUGCGGAUUAAUUGAAAAGGAUCUGAGGAACAACACUGCAUGGGUUUCAAGGGAAUUGAGGAGCCAAGAAGGUGGUGAGGAUGUUGUAGCCGAGAUCGGAUCGGAGUUGCUUGAUCUUCUUCUCAACGAGACAACGCUAGAACUUUUCAAAAAUAUAGUCUAUGUAUGAAAUUGUACAUCUUUUUUUUUUCUUUAUAUAUUCCUAACCUAUGCUUCUUUCUCUUGAAAAUAUAAGAAAUUUGUGAUCUAAUUUGCAUGGCAUGUAUGUUUAGCUAAUACUUAUAUUAUUUCAGUAACUAUGGAAUCAAACUGUACAUUUAUAAUAUUAUUAUCUUAACCAACUGUGCUAGCAAUCAGUUACUAAUAGUUACAUGCAUC